AUGAGUGACGAACCAAAGAGCCAUGGCAAGGCUCCGGGCCCUCGCGCUAUCCUCACCAACCUAGAAGUUCUGCAGAAUCCUCAUGAGGAUAAGGAUGGGCCUGCCCCUGAAAAAAUUGAAGCCGAUGAAGACUUGCUGGCAGAAUUGGAAGAUGAUGCGGACGUAUGGUUUGCCCAGACUGGUUUGUGGGUUGCCUUGUAG